AUGUCUAAAGUUUAUUUCGAUGUCUCUGCCAAUGGUUCUUCUUUAGGGAGAAUCACUUUCCAAUUAUACAACGACGUUGUUCCAAAAACCUCUGAAAAUUUCAGAGCCUUAUGUACUGGUGAAAAAGGUUUUGGUUACGCUUCUUCCGCUUUCCACAGAGUUAUUCCUCAAUUCAUGUUACAAGGUGGUGAUUUCACCAGAGGUAACGGUACCGGUGGUAAAUCCAUCUACGGGGAAAAAUUUGCUGAUGAAAACUUUGCUAAAAAGCACACCAAACCAGGUUUAUUAUCCAUGGCUAACGCUGGUCCAAAUACCAACGGUUCUCAAUUUUUCGUUACCACUGUUCCAUGUCCAUGGUUAGAUGGUAAACACGUUGUCUUUGGUGAAGUCAUUGACGGUUACGAUGUUGUCAAGACCAUUGAAUCUUACGGUUCUUCUUCUGGUACCACCAAGGCUAGAAUUACCAUUGAUGCCUCUGGUGAAUUGUAA